GAAACCCGCAUCACAACGGUCGAAUUUCACGUGAUCAGAAGGAAUCCAAACGCUCCGCUGUUUGCACAGAGAAAGAGAAAGGAGAGAGAGAGAGAGAUGGGGAAACGGAAGGGGAGAGAGCAGAAGAAAGUUUCUGGAGGAAGAUGUGAGGGAAAAGAAGUGAAUUUGGGUGAACAAGUUGAAGCAGGAGCUGGAGCAGAAAGCAGAUUCUUCGCCUGCUAUUUGCUAACGUCUAUGUGCCCCAGGUUCAAGGGCCACACUUACAUCGGAUUUACAGUGAAUCCUCGCCGUAGAAUACGACAACACAAUGGAGAAGUGAGGAUGGGUGCUUUCAGGACAAAGAAGAAGCGUCCUUGGGAGAUGGUUUUAUGCAUUUAUGGCUUCCCAACAAACGUAUCUGCCCUCCAGUUUGAGUGGGCGUGGCAGCAUCCAGUAGAAUCCCGUGCAGUUAGACAGGCAGCAGCAUCGUUCAAAUCUCUUGGAGGAGUUGCUAACAAGAUUAAAUUGGCAUAUACAAUGCUUACUCUCCCUGAGUGGCAAAGCCUAAAUCUCAUCGUAAAUUUCUUCUCCACAAAAUACAAGAUGCAUUCAGCUGGUUGCCCUAAUAUUCCAGAGCACAUGAGAGUCCAAGUUUGUGCGCUGGACGAACUUCCCUGUUAUACAGGAAUUGACAAGAAUGAGUAUACAACCAAUGAUUGGGACAACAGUGAAGAUUAUUUGGGGAGCAGUGAAAAGUUAACAGACGAAGGAUCUGCAGGAUCCACAACUUCUGAUAGUUCUGCUAGUAGCGCUGUAGAAAAUAUCGUUGAACAUUUUGAUUGGAGAGAAGAACUUUACGAACAUGCUGAAGAAAAUAGCUCAACCCAUAGAGAGGAUCCCGAGCAGACAUAUAUUAUCAUUGACUCGCCGGUGAACGCACCAUCCUCAAUUCAAAGUGGUUGUUAUAGUAUAACAGACAACUUAAGGGACAUAUUUGAAUUGGACGAAGAAUUUGGUGGUGAACUUUGUCAGCAGAGCAUUCAUGCUGGUUUGUCUAGUGAAGUUGAGGUUAUUGAUGUUUUUACUCCUCCAUGCUACAAGGUAAGUGGAGACAGCAAGAAAAUAAGACUUUCUACUGCUUGUCCUGAAAUAAUUGAUUUGACAGACUCACCUAUUUUUGUCUGAAGUGGAGUAUUUUUACCUUUUUUAGAAUUGUAAUAAGGGUAAAAUUCCCCUGCUAUAUAAAGUGGAAGUUUCUUAUUCAAUGGACACUGUAACAUACAUAUCAAGGCAAUACAAACUUGUUUCUCUGCUUCUUAAUUA